CCUGUAUUACGGGUCGCUCUGCUGCGGAGCAAGGCGGUGUGCAAUGUCCGACGCCGUCCUUGUCCGUCGUGUCCCAACUGCUCACAACUGCUCACAACUGCUCACAUUUCCAGCCUCGCAUCCAACCACGAUAAUACCAUUCAACCAUACAGGCUGGCUAACCAAGGUCCCUCAUCAUCAACAAUCAUGCUGGAGUCUGUAUCGGCGACCUAUGCCCUGGUGCUGAGCCUGCUGGGGGUGCUUUUGGUAUUUCUAUGGCGCGGGCUCUAUCCAAAUCCCUACCCUGGCAUCCCUUACAACAAGGAAUCGGCAGGCCGCAUGGGCGGCGACACGCCCGCGAUGGUGGUGUUGAUCAAGGACAUGAACGAGUUCUGCGAGGCCAUGUUCACCGUCUCGACGCGGAAGCUCGGCACGCCCAUCGCGCAGGUCCUGUUUCCGUCCCUGCUCCGCAAGCCCUUGGUGAUGCUCGAGGAUCCGCGCGAGAUUGAGGACAUUAUCCUGCGGCGCAACAAGGAGUUCGACAAAGCGUCCACCAGCAUCGACCACUUCCGGCCCAUGUUCCCAAAUGGCAGCAUCACCCAUUACACUACGCCCCAGCUCAAGGCGCAGAAGCGCCUGUGGGCCGACAUUAUGAGUGUAACCUUUCUGCGCAAGACGACGGCACCCAAGAUUCACAAGGCGGCACUGGAGCUGGUGGAUCUGUGGCGACUUAGGGCUGGCACCGUGAGCAAGGAUCGGCCAUUCAGCGUCGUCGGCGACUUUGAAAACCUCGCGCUCGACGCCAUGUGGGUAUCUCUAAUGGGCGAGGAGCCGGGCAUGACGAGGAACGAGACGCGCAAGAUGCGGAACCAGCUGGCCGGCGUCACGUACAAAGAAGAGGCCCGGCCCGCCGCCGACAUCUUCAGAGACGAGGUCAACUACAUCAGCAGUGCCAUCCACACCGGUUCCCAGUUUCCGUUGCCCUGGGUCAGGAUGUACUUGGAGACCUUCACCGCGCGGUACCGCCAACACAGGAGAACUGUGGAGACCGAGAUUUGCAAGGUCAUGAAGAAGGCGGUGGAGCGCUUCCAGCAUCUCGGCGCGGCCGGCCUGGAAGCCGGGGACAUGGACACCUGUGCCUUGGAUUUGGUCCUCCGCCGCCAGCUGCUCGACGCGAAGAAGGCGGGCAGGGCCCCGACCGAUCCCACCAAGGACCAGGCAAUUGUCGACGAGCUCCUCGUCAUGAUCAGUGGGGGCUACGACUCCACUGCCACCGCCCUCUCGUGGUUCGUCAAGCUGAUGGAGGCCUUCCCAGCUGUGCAGACAGAACUGCGCGGGGUUCUGAAAGCAGCCUUUCCCGGUCCGGAGCCGCCGUCCGUGGCCGAAAUCCUCGAGUCGGACAUCCCGUACCUCGACGGCGCCUGCGAGGACGUCGUGCGACUCGCCGGCACAACCAAGGGCAGCCUCCGUCAGGCCGUCGUCGACACCGAGAUCCUCGGCUGUCCCAUCCCAAAGGGCACGGAAAUACUCUUCAACUACCACAUCAACCGCACCCCCGCCCCGGCCGACGAGGCCACGCGCAGUGCCACCUCAAGGGACGCGGCCAUCAAGCGCGGAGACGGCUUCCAGGGCGCCGCUGGCCGGGACCUCGACCGCUUGGAUCCGCGGCGCUGGCUCGUGAGGGACGACAAGACGCGCAAAGAAGUCUUCAACUCCAAUGCUCUGCCGUCGCUGGCGUUUGGCGGUGGAUUCAGGGGUUGCUUUGGGCGCAAACUUGCCGUGAUGGAAUUCCGCAUCAUCGUGGUCCUCCUUAUUCUGAACUUUGAGUUCCUUGAGCUGCCAACUGAGCUUGAAAACAUGACGUGUGUCGAGAAGAUUUUCCGGAUUCCGAAUAUGGCGUAUGCAAAGAUCCGGGCUCUGUAGUUGGUGAAGGUUGAAUGGUGUUGUCGCAGCCUUGGA